CGCGUAGGACUGACGUUUCCGGAAGUAGACUUGGGACGACUAGCGUAGCUCGCUAGUUGCUGUCAAAGCAGUACAUGAAGCGGGAAUUAAAACAACAAUGCCAGCGUUUAUCCUUAAAGCAUUUUUGACGUAGUUUUAUUUGUUUUUUAGUGUCUCAACAAAAACACCGGAAAAGUUGACUCGGGAACAACGUCGUUUCCUACAUCCAGACCAAUGUCUUCUGGCUGUCCACCCCAGUCUCCUGCUGUGGCUAAAUCUGAGGUAACAGUCCCAGGAGAAUGUCCGUUGCUGGCUGCCACCUUUGCUUAUUGGGACAACAUACUGGGUCCACGGGUCCGCCACAUCUGGACCCCCAGGGGCGACCAGCCCAUGUUUCUCAAUGAUGGCGAGGUUACCUUUCUGGCCAACCAUACUCUCAACGGGGAGAUUCUGCGCAGCGCUGAAUGCGGUGCCAUCGACGUGAAGUUUUUCGUUUUGGCAGAAAAAGGAGUUAUCAUCGUGUCUCUUAUUUUUGACGGUGAACUCAAGGGGGACAAGAACACCUGUGCCCUGUCCAUCAUCCUGCCCCAGACGGAGCUGGCCUUCUACCUUCCGCUGCACGCCAUCUGUGUUGAGAGGCUGAAGCACGUCAUUCGCAAGGGACGCAUUUGGAUGCAGAAGGGCUACAACAUCAUCUCAGUGCUGAGCAUGGAGAUCCAGCCAAUCAUGGAGCUGCUGGCCUCCAUGAAGUCACACAGUGUGGCAGAAGAUGUAGAUAUUAGAGACACGGUGCUGAAUGACGAUGACAUUGGCGACAGCUGCCACGAGGAUUUCCUUCACAAGGCCGUCAGUUCUCACCUACAGACCUGUGGCUGUUCCAUCGUGGUUGGAAGCAACGCAGAGAAAGUCAACAAGAUUGUGCGGACUCUCUGCCUCUUCCUCACCCCAGCAGAGAGGAAGUGUUCCCGACUCUGUAGGACGGACUCGUCCUUUAAAUACGACACUGGUCUGUUCGUCCAGGGACUGCUGAAGGACUCCACAGGAAGCUUCGUCCUGCCCUUCCGUCAGGUUCUCUACUCUCCGUACCCCACCACUCACAUCGACGUGGACAUCAACACCGUGAAGCAGAUGCCGCCGUGCCACGAGCACACGUACAACCAGAGAUGCUACAUGAGGUCAGAGCUCAGCGCGUUGUGGAAGACGUUCAGUGAGGAAGACAUCCCUCCAGACACAGUCAUUCACACUGACGAGAGCUUCACACCUGACCUGAACAUAUUCCAGGACGUCACACAUAAAGACACUUUGGUGAAGUCAUUUAUUGACGAGGUGUUCAUGCUGAAGCCUGGCCUGUCCCUGAGGAGCACCUACCUGGCCCAGUUCCUGCUGCUGCUCCACAGGAAGUCCCUCACACUGCUCAAGUACAUCGAGGAUGAAACGCAAAAAGGAAAAAAACCUUUUCGCUCCCUUCGCAACUUAAAGACAGACCUGGACCUGACAGUAGAGGGCGACCUGAACAUCGUGAUGGCCUUGGCUGAGAAGCUGAGGGCGGGGCUUCACUCCUUCGUGUUUGGGAAGCCCUUCUACACCAGCGUGCAGGAGCGAGACCUCCUCAUGACGUUGUGACUCCACUUCUCCACCUGCACUUUUUCACUGAAACUUUUUCUCUUGUUACACAAAUGCAUGUCAGCAGUGGAUUGUUGUACACAUUGUUGUACAAAUGUGAUUGUAAAUAUUGUUCCAGGCAUGAUGUCAUGAGCCAUGAGCCAAUCAAAAUGUUGUUUGUUUGUUGAUGUACAUUUGGAGACUAACUGUUGAUGUCUGCUAAUAAAAGCUUCUAAUAAUUCAA